GCCAUAUGCUGUUGAAUCUGCACAAAUAUUAUUUGUGUCCCCCCGAAACAAAAAUGUGUGACCCCUGGGAAAAAUGUGUGCCCCCCCGAAAAAAAUUGUGUCGCCCCGAGAAAAAUGUGUCGCCCCAAAAUUAUAUUAUGUCUCCCCCCAAAACAAAGCAUGAUUCCGACAAUUUAUGUAUGUUUUUUUUAUCAUGAUUGUAGUAAGAGACAGUUACUAUGUACGAUUAACAGAAUAUAAACCACAAUAGAGAAAAGUG